CAGCCGCAGAGCGUUGGGCCGGGCACGAUGAAGGGCUCGCUGGAUGCCGAGGCAGCCGGCGCCGCGCCCGCGGUCUCACUACACUGGCAGCCGCGGAACCGCAAGUCUGCUGCGGCGUCGAACGGGACGUGGGGCUUCCGCACCAAGUCGCGGGAUGCGCUUGACCGCCGCGCUGACCCGCCGCCGCCGGUUGGACACUACCGGCCCAAGGAUGCGGUGAUGCGGCCGCGAGUGCGGUCGGCAGGUAUGGGUUCGUCGCGGCGGACCGCAUACUCACGGGUUCCGCCGGCGUCGUCAGAGGAGAUUGCGGCAGCGGCGGCAGAGUGGACGGCGGUCAAGGAUGCGGCAGCGGCGGCGGCGCCGCGACAGAUGAUGCGGGCGCAUGAAGCAUCACUGGAGGACCCGGUCUUCCGGUCGACGGCUGUUGUCCGGCCGAGCUCGUCAGCAGGUAAGGCCGAUGUGGCGUUUGCCUCUCCCGAGGCGCUUGACACGCCUGCGCUAGCCCGCCCUCGCGAGCCGUGCCUUGUCGACAUGGACAAGCAGCCCGGGCGGAAGGAGCCCGGCAAGCCGCCGACGGUCGACACUUUUUACUACGUCAACGACUCGCUGCUCCGGCCGCGGACAGCGCCGGGCACCCUCGAGUUUGAGAAGCAACUCCCGCGCAAGCCGCUGCUGGAUGCGCCGCUAGAUCUGGCCUACGAGUACAUGGACCCGUCUGUGUCGGCCGCGCUCUCGGCGCGAUCCAUGGUGGACAUGGAGAAGCAGCUGUCACGAGCGGAUGUCCAGCGGGCAAGGGCGCCGCCGACCGACGCCUUUGACAUCCAGCCGCUGGGCCCGGAUGCGCCGGCGCUCUCGGCGAUCCGGCGCCACAUUCCCAGCGUCGACAUCGGCAAGUGCUUGCCACGCAAGCCGCUUGCCCCACGGGCGGCCAUCGAUACUUUCUACGACCCCAAUGUCGACGUACUCAAGCCGCGCACCCGCGACCAGCCGCGGUUUGAGUCGGUGCCCGGCCACCAAGCAUCGGCGCUCCCGGUCAAUGACCUCACAUACGCCGUCUCGUACGCCGCCAUCGAGCCGGCAGUUCCAUCGGUCAAGCUCCCGCCACGGGCGCGGACCGCAGCCGGCAAGUCCAAAGCCGGCCGACCGGCUACUGCUACCGAGGACGGCGGGCCCGGGGGCGCGACGUACGACCCCAACUACGCGUUUGUGGAGAAGCGCGUUCCAUCGGCGCUCGAGUUUGCCAAGAUGCCUGGCCGCAAGUGGAACGUCGACUCUUCGCAUGCCGCCUCCGCCGCCCCUCAUUCGUUCAAGGCCUCCGGCCCGGUACCAGACACCAUCCAGCCGCACGUCCCCUCACCUGAUCUGGCAAAGAUGGUUCCGCGCUACGCCAACGACGGGCGAUUUGCGCCUCUCCGCCUCAUCGACGUCACUUACGACGCCAAUGGCAGCAGUGCCACCAUCAAGAACCUAGUGGGCACGCUCAACACCCUCCCUUCUCACAAUGGUGUCCAGGUUGUCAUCGCUCCCUCGGAUGUCCAUGCUGCUGCCACUCGUGCUGCUCUUCGUUCCGAUUAUGCUCUGGCCGCUCAGGAUGUGGCUGCGGCUGGCCCGGGCGCUCACACCGGUGAGACUCCGGCAAGUCUGGCCAAGGACGUCGGCGCAGAGUGGGCCAUCGUGGGCCACUCGGAGCGCCGUGCUGAUCAGGGCGAGGACUCGGAGCUGGUGGCCGCAAAGGCCCUGGCUGCGCUGGAUGAAGGCCUCGCCGUCAUGGUUUGCGUCGGCGAGUCGCUCGACGAUCGCAACGCCGGCAACGCUCACAAGGUUGUGGCUGACCAGCUCGGUCCGCUCUUCCGCUCGCUCCCGGCCAACGCGUGGGAGAAGGUCGCCAUUGCCUACGAGCCGGUGUGGGCUAUCGGGACCGGCGAGACCGCCACUCCCGAGACCGCGCAGGACAUGCAUGCCCACAUCCGGGCCCUGGUCGCCGACUCGGUCUCGCCGUCGGUCGCCGCCACCGCCCGCAUCAUGUACGGCGGCUCGGUCAACGACAGCAACGCGCUCGAUCUUGCGCGGCUGGCUGACGUCGACGGCUUUCUUGUCGGCGGCGCGUCGCUCAAGGGUGACGCGUUUGGCGCCAUCAUGGCCGCCGGUGGGAAGGCCCUUGCCGAGGCCGCGUCGGCCUCUGGCGAUGACCUCUCCACCUUUGCCAAGGCUCGCGGUGAGCCGAUCCGCAUCGGCAUCAACGGCUUUGGCCGCAUCGGCCGCCUCGUGGCGCGCGCCGCUGCCGCCGACCCCAAUGUCACCGUCGUCGCCAUCAACGACCCGUUCAUCGACGUCGAAUACAUGCGGUACAUGGCGCAGUACGACACGGUUCACGGCACGUUCUCGGGCUCGGUGACGGCCGACACCGACGCCAACACCCUCAUUGUCGACGGCGCGCCCAUCGCUGUUCAUGCGGAGCGCGAGCCCGGCUCCAUUCCCUGGGGCGACUCGGGCGUGCAGUACGUCGUUGAGUCGACCGGCGCCUUCACCUCGGCUGCGGGCGCGGGGCAGCACCUGGAAGGUGGCGCCGAGCGGGUGGUCAUCUCGGCACCGUCGGGUGACGCGCCCAUGUUUGUCAUGGGCGUCAACCAGGACGAGUACAGCCCGGACGUUGCCGUCUUCUCCAACGCGUCGUGCACCACCAACUGCCUUGCACCUCUUGCCAAGGUCAUCCACGACGAGUUCGGCAUCGAGGAAGGCCUCAUGACCACCGUCCACGCCAUGACCGGCACCCAGCGGGUGGUGGACAUGCCGUCGGCCAAGGACUGGCGCGGCGGGCGCGCGGCGUCGGCCAACAUCAUUCCCUCGUCGACCGGCGCGGCCAAGGCCGUCGGCAAGGUCAUUCCUGCCCUCAAUGGAAAGCUCACCGGCAUGGCCUUCCGCGUCCCGACCACCAACGUCUCGGUCGUCGACCUCACCUGUCGCCUCGGCGCAUCCACCUCGUACGACGCCAUCAAGGAGGUGGUCAAGGCCGCCGCCGCCUCGCCCGAGCUCGCCGGCAUCCUCGGCUACACCGACGACGAUCUGGUCUCCUCCGACUUUGUCGGCGACACCCGCUCGUCCAUCUUUGACGCCAAGGCCGGCAUCGCCCUCUCGGACAACUUUGUCAAGCUCGUUGCCUGGUACGACAACGAGGCUGGCUACUCGCAGCGCGUCGUCGACCUCAUCAAGCACACUGCCUCGGUGUAGCCAACGACAAAAAAGGUUCACCCUCCACCGAGAAACCGAUAAAUCCUUCUCUUUCCCA